AUGCCCAACUUGUCGAAAUCUCCGAGAAACCUGAAACGAACGCGAUUCGCUUCCAUCGAGAUCCUGGCUCCCAAACCACGUUUCCGCUGGCCAAGUCUCCGGCCGAGGACUUCCGUCUCACAGCGCCCGCCCACCCUCUUACCUUCGUUCUCCCGUGAGCCUCAACCCAGCAAGUUCUCACGAAUCCUCCGCCUGCUCGUUGGCACACACGCCAGCAGACGAGCCCAGUCCCGUCUCUGGGGCCUCCGACACGAGACCCUGCCGGCCCUCCGUCACCGGGCACAAUCACGGAUCUAUCGAGCAAUCGUCAAACGCCAAGCACGACUCGCAGCGCGCGAUCGCAGACUCGGCGGAGGAAUCGUCUCGUACCUUCUCGGCCCACGACGAAAAUUCCGUACCUGGAGAGCCAACUCGGCAUCCGUUAUCAACUCCGCUACAAGACGCUCGAAGUCGAUCCGAGCCCGUUCCGAGCCGAAGGAAGCCGCGAGAGAUCCAAUGGCGCAGCCGGGGCCUUCAUCGACGUUCGGAGCUGGAGGCGCUGAUGGCGCCGGUGCCCCUGGUAGCCGUCGCAAGAGGGUCUACGAGUACUUCAAGGCUGCGAAUGAGUUGCGCCAGGCCUACACGUCUCAAUGGUCCGGACAGAGAAAUGACCAUGAUGAGGAUUACUACAACACACCCGGUGCAUUCCCAGACGUCGAAAUUGCGCGAUCGGGCGAUGAAGAGAUGGUUCUUUUCCCAAGUUACGCUAGAAAAUUGACGGAAAGGAAGAAGAGCGAUGCCAGCACACGUCCGCGACGUGAAUCCUGGUCAGAAACCAUCGAUGAAUACCGGGGUUCUUCCCAUGGCGAUGAUAACGGUACACCUGGCUGGGAUGAAAUUGACACUGAGAAUGCGGUCGUGGCCGUUGACGUGCGUGGCUGGAUCUACGCUCCUGGCCGAGGACCGUUGAGUCGAAAGCACCGUUUGAUGAUCGCGCUGGCCAGGAAGCUAAGCGGUAUUUCUGCGCCAACUGGAACGGCGAAUGAUGAAAACGACGAUAAGGUCUCAGGCAAGGGAGAUGAUGAAUAUGUGGACAAGCAGGUGCAAAAUCUAGUCGAUACGGCUGAGAAGGAAGCAGAUCCGGCUUGGAAGAGCACACAUACAGAAAAGCCGGAUGGACCUGUACAACUGACCAAAGAUGAGCUUUCCAUGGCAAAUGCUCAUCUCAUGGAGCGACUCCGUCCGUUCCUGACAAACCCUGUCAGUAGUAUGCCCGUCACUGUGUUCUUCUUUGAUGAGAAUGAAAGCAAGUCUCGGAACAUCACGACAGAUGAAUCGGGUCACUUCCAUCUUCGGGCCGCGUUGCCAUUUGUACCAACCCACAUUCGCGUGCUGGCAUCGGAGGAUUUGUCUGCUGCACGGCCAAUUGAGAUCAUCGAUCCUGUUGGCAUCAGUUUGAUCAGUGACAUCGAUGAUACAGUGAAGCACUCGGCUAUUGCUGGUGGGGCCAAAGAAAUGUUCCGCAACACAUUUGUUCGUGAGUUGGACGAACUCACAGUUGAAGGAGUCAGUGACUGGUAUGGCAGUUUGGCCAAGCAGGGUGUUCAAAUUCACUAUGUGUCCAACGCUCCAUGGCAGCUGUAUCCUCUCCUCGAACGAUACUUCAAGAUGGUGGGCCUACCACCAGGCUCGUUCCAUCUCAAGCAGUACUCUGGAAUGCUGCAGGGGAUAUUUGAGCCCACAGCAGAGAGAAAACGUGGAUCUUUGGAGCAGAUUCUGCGGGACUUCCCUGAACGCAAAUUCAUUUUGGUUGGUGACAGCGGCGAGGCUGAUCUGGAGGUGUACACUGAGAUCGUCCUGGCAAACCCUGGCCGCAUCUUGGGUAUCUUUAUCCGUGAUGUCACGACCUCGGCGCCCCAAAGAUUCUUCCAGAAAUCUGUCAACCAUCUUGAUUCGUCUAACCGCAGUCGCAGUUCACCGGACGUGAAGGAUCAGUCAGAUGCGGCCUCCAACAGACCAACUCUGCCGCCUCGUGCAUCUCCGUCUCUGCCAGGGGUACAUAUACCUUCACCGGACGCUGCGCCACAGGACAUGGACCUCGAAGACUUGAUUGAUCUUACAGAUCUUAUCAUUGACAACAAGCCACCUCCGUCUGGACUUACCCACCCUGACCAACCACGUCCACCUCCGGUUAAGCCAGUCAAGCCAUCUGCAUUGCGUAUGGUUUCCACACCUGCGGACCUUUUGAAAGCCAGACCGGCUAGGCCUUCCGCGUUGCGACAAAGCACCACAGCUGGUGAUAUUACGAGGGAAAGCAGUCCCGCACCAGCACGUCCUUCACAAGAAGUUCCUCAACGCAAGCCGGCUCCUCCUGUUCCACCUAAGCGUGGAUCUGCACCCAAGACCGAGUCAUUGAUUGACGCAGAGCCCUCGCCAAUCACUCGCAGAAGCACGACUGGGCCAUCCACAGCUGGGUCAUCUACGACUGGAGACUCAUCAUCAUUGCUCGGCAAUCUCAACGAUGAUUCAUCAAGUUCCCGAUCUUCGUCCCCACCAGGCUCAAAGCAACAGCCACCUUUCCCUCCACCCCGUCGUGCAAACACUGCAUCGCCAACCGCCCAGUCCGACUCCAGUGGAUCAUCGACACCCCGCCCCGCAGCAAGUUCCCUUCAAUCCUACCCAGCAGCGGCCGCUCAAGCUGCAUACCAAGGAUUCCAAUAUGCAAGCGAGCGGCUGAAUCUGUCGCCAGGUCCGUCUAAUGGGUCACGGCAGGCUCCAGCUGGACCAAACAACGAAUCGGGAAUGCCUCCCGUACCACUCCCGAACAAACGCGAGGAGCUCUGGCGCCGUCGCUGGGAGCGUGCUUCUGAGGUCCUUGAAGACCAUGGGGUUGUGCUGGGUAGUUGGCGCGUUGGAACUGAUGCCCAACCUGUUUGUAGCUGGUUAGUGAAGGAGGCGAUGAAAGAUAUGGAGGCUGUUUCUAGGAAGAAAUAG